CUGUAGCAGUAGUCUACUGCAGUAAGUAAAAAAUACGGAUUUCGCAGUAAUGUUUACAGUCUGUUAAAUUUGUAAACAAGUUGUAAAGUCCACUGGCACGGAGUCAGUUUAACACUUAUGCAUAACAACUUAAUUAGCUUUGGUCAACAAAGCCAAAACAUUUACGGAAAUGAGCAAGAUACGUGGCAGCAAAGACAAGAAGAAACCUAUUUCACUGGUAAUGGAAGCAUCAGCGGAAUUCAGCCGCACAACAAUCAAACUCAAAAAUAUUUUACCAAUCAGUCAUCCAAUGCUGCUGCCUCUUAUAUGCCUAUGGGAUUCAGUUCACCUCAAAUCCCAAACCCAACUUCCGUAGUUAACUCAUUUCCCACAUGUGUCACCAACUUCAAAGGGCUUGCAAAUAAUAACGUUAUGCCUAGUCCUAGUCCAAGUGUGAACAGUACGCCAGCUGUUGGGCUAGCAACAAUGGGAGCCUCAAUACUUUCUCAGUUUUUAUCAAACAUUCAACUACAACAAUUAGGAAUAGGUGCAAAUGUUUUACAAGAUAAUAAUAAUAAGUCUUUUUUUAAACUAAAUCCGACUCAGCCAAGUCCAAGUGAUUGUGAUAGCAAUUAUUAUAGUUUUCCAAAUGAAUCUUACAUGACAAAUUCUGCCACCAGUAUGACUGUUGGAACAUCUGGUGGAAUUUCUGGUAUGGGAAGUAAUGGGAAUACAAAUAACAUUGAUGUUAUGAAUGUAGGAAGUGCUAUGAAUAGCGGAAACUCUUUAAGAACAAAUGUGGGAAAUAGUGUCUGUGAUUCCAUUGGAAGUGUGAAUGGAUCUAAUACUAAUACUAUCAAUUCUUAUAAUAGCAGCAAUGGCUGUUUAGGAAAUACAGCAGAAAAUUUCAGUUCCACAAGUGCAUUUGGUAGUUACACUUCUGAAAAUAAUGUUGGAAGUAACAAUGCGAUACAUUGUGGAACUUCUCAAAAUGCAUCAACUGCUGGAAUGGGAUCCAACAGAAAUUCUCAGAAUGCUUUUCUUGACAAAUAUGAAAGUGUAAAUAGUAGCAGAAAAAGGAUAUAUGAUGCAGCCUCUAACUCUAACCAUUAUAAAGGAACAGAGGUGUAUUAUCAAAGCUCCCCUUCCAGUGAAAAAUUUGAAAAUGAUCCAAGUGAAUUAAAUCAUAAUCAUUCUGUCUAUUUAAGUCCACAGAACUUUGAUCAGUGGGUAUUAUUAAAGAAAAAACUCCAUAAAAGUGAUGAUGAAUUAGCACAAUAUUUAUUUAGUUUGCAUAACAAGGGCUGCUUUCAGUGUACAAACAGACAUGAAGAAAAAAGUUACAGUAGACCAAAACAAAGGUUUUUCAAGAAUGACUACACUUGCAUAGAUGAAGAGGUUGUCAAGACAGCAUUAACAGAAGAAGAGGAAGAAAUGAAAAAAUGUAUGGGGUUCUCAGGUUUCAAAACAACAAAGGGAUCCAGAGUCCAAGACAAUUGUUACAACAGUGUUUGUUCUGUAGGUUUACCCAGACCUGAAGACAGAAAAGCUGAUACUGAUUCUAAAAGUUUAACAUUAGAAGAGAAAAGAAUAAUAUUAGCUAAAGGUGGAUUCUGUGUCUUUGCAAAGGCCUCUGGUUUUCUUCCAAAUAAAUUAGAAUCUUACUCCACCACAUGUGCAUCAACCAGAGAACGAAGUUCAACAAGUUCUGGUGUACUUGUAUACAAACACAGAUGAUAUUAUACAGUUGAUAAGACAUUGUCAGGCUACUCAAUUAUUGGUGCUACUCUCUUUGGUGCAAUAAUAUAUUUUAAAUUGUCAACAUUAAGUUUUAUUUUAAUUAUUUUUGGUGAGUUGUUUUUAAGGUUGCAAAAGUUUUUGAUUUUUUAAAAGUUGACAGAAAAGCAAAAUUUUAAUUGACUGUGACUCUUUUAUGAAUCCACAUAAAAGAAGUUAAGCUUAAACGUAUAUAUAUAUAUUUAUAAUAUUGUGAAUGGGAAAGCUUGUAUUGGAGCACACAGGAUUAAAAACUAGCAUACACCAUGACCUUUUUUUUUAAGUGCUAUUUUGUCACAGAAAUAUGUUCUUUGUGAUUUGAAGUCAAACUUGUCAUUGAAAUAUGUGAUCUAGGAACAAAACCUACUUCUAUCUCCAUGAUUUUUAAGAAAAUUAUUAAUGUUUUAUUAUCAAAUGUGUUAGACUUUUUCAUCUGAUAAAAAAGUAGCACUUUUAUAAAAAAAAUCUUUUGGUUUCUUACCAUUAUUUUUAUGCAACUGCAGCCAGUUAAAUUUUGAUUUACUUUAGUGUAAUUUUUAUUAAAUUUUGCACAUAUCAGCUAAGCAUUUUUAUCUUUUACUGUUUAAUUUUUUCUCACACUUUUCAAAAACUCAUUUUAAAAAUUUGUUUUCAUUUUGUUAAAAAAAAAAAUUGAUUUGUAUUACAUGUAAACGUGUGCACCAUGGGUUCUUGUCUGGUACAGCUAUA